AUGAUCGCAGGGCCGAGUCAAUGUGGAAAGACGACGUUCACAAAACUAUUACUUCAGUAUGCCGACGUUUUGUUUGAAAGACCUAUUCGUAAAAUUGUGUACUGUUAUGGGCAGUGGCAAGAAUGCUUUCAGGACAUGGAGUCACAGAUUACGUUUGUAGAGGGUAUUCCUGAAGUUAUUCCGGCUUUAUUUCCAAUGGGUUGUCGUCCAGGUAUACUCGUGUUGGAUGAUUUAAUGAGGAAUUGUAGCGAGGACGAACGUAUUCUGGACCUGUUCACAAAAGUGUCUCAUCAUUGUGAUGUCACCUGCAUCUACUUGACACAGAACCUUUUCCCACCGGGAAAAUUUUCAAGAAGUAUUUCUCUCAAUGCUCAUUAA